AUGUCAGGAAGAAACUUGCCCCCAAGUCCACUGCAAGUUCAACAUCGCGUCGGACUAAGUGAGAGACGGGUCGCUGAUCUCGGGAGCCACGAGGUGCCUGAGGGAGCCGGGGAGAAUGAUACCACUGAAGCAGUCGACAGAGAAAGAGUGCUUCUUCCAACACAAGGGGUGGGUGAGGGGACAACAUCCAAAGAACGCAGAUACUCUCUUCGAGGUAAGCAGCAUGGCGCCAUGCUGUUUAGAACCGAGCUUCCAGUAGCAGGCGCUGCGGGCAAAAACCGAAGAAGUAGAGUAGCUGAGGAAGAUUCUACAACGGAGCGUUUGCCGCCUCGACUUGGAGAAAAACGCACUGGAAGGCCUGAUGAAGAAGAGGCGUCCAGCGAUGAGAAAAAACCCAGAACAGCAGAACUUUCAGAUAGCUUGAAAGCAAUUCCUGUCGGCCGAGUCGCUACCCUGAAGCAAAAGCUGGAGCGAAGAAUGGAGAGACGAAGACAGCGCCAGGCUGCGGCGAGGCUCCACUGGCACCGACCCCCUGAAAAGGUACGCGGAGAGUCAGCAAGGCUUCUGUUGCCACCAAUCAUUGCUCGAUACGAAAGCCUAGAGGAAAGCUUGUCAUCGUCUGAUGACGACCAAAAUAAAAGACUACCCUGCUCGAAUGGUGCUGAAGGCCGGGGGCAAGAAAGGCACAUCAAGUGGAUGCAGCUGAACGCGGAGAUGAUCAAUCAGCGUCGGCAUCGCGAGGAAGAUUUCUCUGUCUCAUUAUCGGCAACCGGAACUCAAGAACAGGCAGAAGAAACACGAACAAUCCACGCAUCCUGUUUUCCUCUCUCUUGUGGUAACACGCACCACGAAGACUCAUCCUCUGCUAUUACUCUCUGUUCCAAUCUCGCGCUUGCCUCUUCUUCCCGAGUACAGCCUGUCGGAGCGGUCGAAGACCCUUCGUAUUCUGCCGCGGAUGAACCGGAGUCUGAGGUUUCUUCUAGCUCGGCAGCCGAAACAUCACCUGGAAUCGUAUUUCCUUUGCGGAACGUGUCACUGAAUUUAGAGAAUCUUUCCCUGUCAGAAAGUACACAGCAAAUCGUCUCUAGUCAGCAGUUACUCCUGCCUGAUGUGGAGGCCUCUUCUGCCUCCUCCUUCGAGGCAGAAGGCGACGUGGAUGCCAGCAAGAAACCAGAAGAACAGGAGGACCAGCCACAGCGAUUGUCUAUUUCCAUCUGUUCUCGCCAACUAGAUUCACAACACAGUCGCCCAGUCACUCCGCGACGUUCCUCUCCACCUCGUGCUUCUGCGGUAGGUGUGACAUCGAAUCAGCAUCCCGAGUACACCUCCUUUUCUCGUUCUUCUCCUCCUUUUGCUUCUUCCUCUGCUUUUGAAAUACCAGGCGAGGGACGAGGCAGUGCAAAAACUCGCACAUCCCAUAUCCAUACGUCAGAUACAUACAGAAAGCCGGCGGAAGCUGAAGAGAAUGAUGCGCUUCGCCCACGCGAUUUAGACGCAUUGGAAAAGGGAACGCAGACGCACGAUAUGCCACAGGGAGACAGGACACUAUUUACCAAAUCGCUUGUUGAAACGACCGAAGCCGAAGGGCACAAACACCCCAUCUGCGCAAUCCUCCAACCAUGCAUGCGACGGGAGAGUGUCUCCGAGUCACCUGUGCCGGAGAUCGCGAAGUGGAAACCGGCCUCAGGAGACAAUGCGGAGAGUAAAGCGAGGGAUCUCGAGGUGGUCAGCAGCAGGGAGGUGACGAAAGACGGUGGAGAUGAAGCAGAGAAAAAAGGACUAGAUGAGGGGAAAGCAAUAAAAACAGAUAUCGCGAAAGGCGGGGGCACAAGCCAAGAGUCGCAUGACGGGAGAGACAUGGCGUUACGCAGGGAUCCUGAGGAGAGCGACCGGGGGAUGCUGCAUCCUGGCUCUUUACCUUCUGUUCACGUUCACGGUGGACAGAGAAAACAGUCUCUGGGGGAGGCGUCUGCGCGCAUGCGGAUCCCUGCGGAAACAAGGACGAAGUCGCGUUCCCCUAUAUCGUCGCGGAAGCUAAAACCUCUAGUUCGGGUGCCCCCUCUCAAUCUGACACCGGUGCAAGACGCACGCGAGAGUAUCGAGAGCUUCCUUAAGAAGAACAACUCCUGUUCGUCUGGCCUCCAACUGGUCGCAACUAGCCGAGAACACUCAUGCACUGUCGGACCCCCGCUCGUCUUUGGCUCGUCGUGCAAGACCGCAGCCACAGAGAGAGGCAGGUGCCGCAAAGCGUUUGGAGACAGGACAACGGGCGAUGCGAGAGGAGCUCCUGGGAGACCGCGAGUCGUGCCACAGCGCCUCCAGGAUUCAGAGAAUGGAGGCAGCCCCGAACGUGGAGCCUGCGACUUCGCUCGCAAACCAGGAUGCGUUAUUCAGAAAUCGCCCAUACGUUUGCUAGACCGAAGAGGGAGGCCUUUUCAGACCUGCAGGGAAGCACGAAAGGAUCUUCCGCAAAGCGAUGGAACCACAGCAUCCUCGUUGGCACCUCAGACCAUUUCUCUGGCCCGUCCCGUCCAGCUCGCGAAAGGUGGGAGAGACAAGACUUCGAUUCCGCGUGCCUCCGGCUGUCCUGACACCCGGGUGCCGCUGCUAAGGAUUCCUAUUUCCUCCCGCGUCGUCCGUUGUUCUACUAGUCUCUUCACUGCUCGCGUGUGCACCAUUCUCGAAAAGGAGUUGGAAGAGGGAAACAGGGGCCUCCUGACGACAAAGGAAGCUGAGAAUCCAGUCAUGCGUUGCGCGAGUGUCAUUCACGGCGAUGCACAGGAGAAGACGGAACACAGCGAGCUCGGCGAAAAGGAAGGAAAUUACCAAGACAAGACACGGGACACUUGCCGCAGUCCGGAGGGAGCUCGGUGCGACACUCUAGUCAUAGUGCGGGAGGAAGGCAAACCCCAAAGGGAACACAACGAAAACGAACAGACAGAUGCAAUGCAGCUGCGGGACCUCUCUCCCCAUCCGCGCUCGAGCUGCUCAAGCGAUUCUCGGACGGCUACUGACGAAGAUAAAGGAGACGCGAGAAGACGGCUGAAGAAGAGCGCCGGACGUAGGGCGCGCGGGGACAGGAGGAGACACACAGAAGUGAACGGCCGAGAGGGAAGUUCGACUGGCGACAAGGAAGACACCACACUUGCACCCCUGGAAGAACCGCUUCUAGCAGUGAUGCAAACGUGCUUCACUUCCUCACCAUCCUCUCUCACAUCCUGUGAUUCCCCAGAUUCUCAUCCAUCGUCUGUUGUUCCGUCUCCUGGCCGUGCACUUGCAAGCGCGUCAGUAGCCCUGUGUGAAGACCGGAACAUGGAGAAGGACGCAGGCGAAGCCGCGACAGAUGGCCACGCGCAUUCACGUGCACUGCUGCAUGCACAGAUUGCUAGCAGCUUCGAAUCUAUCCUCCUGGGGGAUCCUAAACAAUGCCGAAUGUCCAGCUCAAACAUUGUAGUAUCAGAAUCUUCGUCAGUGCCUCAGAGUGCUUCGCGGUCGUCUUCACACUCUCACCGUCGUGAUAUAACUCGUCUUUCUUCCUUUCCGCAAGAACGGUUCCCCGGUGCCCCACGUCCGACUGAUAGCGAGGCGGGAUCGAUUGCUUUGGUUACUCAUGCGCCGGAAGGAGGCAAAGAGGCCCCUACUUCAACUGGAGUGUAUCCGUUAACAGGCGGUGAUAACGCGGAUAAAUCAGAAGCGGAGAGGAAUGAAGGAAACACACAAGAUGCGCUUUCGGAGUCUAGCAAGGUCCUAAAAGAGAUGAAACAAGAACCCGGCACCGACCGAGAGGAGGAGGGAAGCACUACAGACGCGUGGAGCCUGCAGCGCGGUUCGCUAGAAGCCUACGUGGCUGUCGGCACCACGUCCUCUCUCUCGUCAAGCAGCUCUGUGUCUGCUAGCCGCACAGACAAUUUUCGGACCGCUUCUUGUGCAAGUCCUACCAAAACGCCGUCGCUUCCACCUGCAAGUUCGCCUUCAGGCAGGUCUGUGGCUGGCCCUUCACGAACAACACGAUCCUCUCCUUCGUCCGUUUGUUCCACGCCUCUGCUGCCGCAAAGGGCUAGUUCAAUUGCCACUUCGAACGGAUUUCCACCAGGUGAUGGCAGGGACGUUUGUGAGGUUGAAGUAGCUGAAAACGAACUGGGCGACAAUCGUGGCCGAAGAGCCCCGGGAGCUCGAGGGAUGUCCACGCCCUCGGCAGGAGGAAUGUCCAGCGCCCCUAGGGAAGAUGAAAGUGACGGGGAGAAAGAAGGUGCAGAGCUGAUCCGUAUGACCGAAGGAGCCACAACGGCGACAUUGGUCGUGAGAGGUAGAGCACGAGACAAUAGAGGGACGGUCGUCGACGAGAACACUUUGCGCUCGGGAAGAAGCGCCGUUCGAGGAGCUACAUGCGGCAGGGGCCACCGACGAAUUGUUCUCAGUUCAAACCCAGGUGCACUCACUCAGAAUGAUGCAACCGCGGCAGGAGGCUGUCGAAAAAAGGACAGAGAACAGAACGCCAAUCAGUUUCUUCUGUUCCAGCCCAUGCGGCGGUCUCCAACACGAGGCAAUUCUGUGGCUUUUGUCAAUCCAUCUGAAAAACCUACGGGCUCUGCGGACGCCAGAAACAAGUCGAGAAAUCGUGCUUCACCCAUCGCUAUCUUUGCUUCCGCCUUCUGGAGCCAUGUGUCGGCUGACGCGGAGGGCAGUGACCGCAGCGUCGCCGACGGGGGCAUUGAAAAUCCCAACGCGAUUGUUGACUCUCAGGCACAAGAAUCUAAACAGUUCAGCUUCGGUUUUUGGAAGGGAUCCUUACAGGUAGACUCUGAGGAACCCGUUCCACGAGGUUCGGCCUCUCCGGCCCCUGCAGCCAGUCGCCUUCAACCCACCGGUUCGUUCAAUAAGCAGGUCCCAGACGACGAUGGCCACGGUUCGCCCACGCGUCCUGGUGAAGACGCUAACCAGCAGUGUAUCGUUUCUGGGGAUCCAUCGCGUUGGGUGCACAUGCAUGUGAGUACUGCUCGGAGCCGUGCAGGCCCGUUGGUGCCUCAGGGCUCGACGCGUGCUCGCGCGGGGUGCCCUCUGGUGGGCAGACGGUCUGUUGCCCAGCCGGUGGCUUGGUCUAAGUUCGCUGACGGCGUUGCUCGCGAAACAAGGGUCUCUGGACUCUAUGGCAGUGUUGGCAAGCGCAGUUUUGCAGACUGUCUGGCCUUCCUAGACACGUCGAGCACCGAGACGCCAUCCACGUCGACGGUAACAUCACAGCUCUCUGAGGCCGACGGAACGCGGUCGUCCUGUGGCGGCAGCUUGCCCUCGACCAACGAUUUGGAUGAAAUGACGACAAUGGAGAGGGAAGGAAAGGGUGAUGGCGCAUCCGAGAGAGCUACCGCACGAUCCUCCGAAGAGGUUUGUGGAGACGAGCAGAACAUCAUUGAUCCGAUGAAGUGUAAGGACUGUCAGCGAGUCGCGAUUUCAGUGGGAUCAUCAGCAGGGGCCUCGAGCACGGGCAGGCACUUGGCCACGGAGGACAAACGGCAGAAAGACUUAGAAACAGAACAGCAUUGGAAGUGCGGGCAUAGCACAAGCAGAUUUGGUGGUGUCAGUGAGAUUCAACAGGACUCCAAAAAAGAGUCCCGUGGAAAUGCUCCGAGUAAUGAGGUGUCCAAGUCGCCUGACGGACGAGUAGAAGGCCGAGGACGAAGUGUAGAGUGCGAGAGAAACAGAACAGCUUCUCGUGGGGACACCAACACUGGUUCGCGCCGUGGCACCGCUACUCCAGAAGACGAAAUACAAACAGGAGAUAGUGGAACGAUUCGGGUGGUCGAAGCUAAACGCAGGACACCAGCGCCAGCACCUCGAAGAAGAGACAAGUCCCUGGGAGCUGAUCUAGGUGUACUACCGGCGGACGAUGGGCGGAAGAUCUUGGAUGGAAGAAGCAUCGGGAGAGAAAGAAGGGCAGAAAGCGAGGAGAGCUGCGUAAGUCGGAGCGGCACCAGACAUGUGUGGCGCCCCCUCGAAGGGGCACGCCCUCAUGUUAAGGGAGACAUCUCCACGCAGAAGCGAGACUGCGUCGAUGGUAACCAUUUGCACGAUGAUAAUGGAAGCUGGUUGAACCGUCUCGCGGGACCGUUCCGACAAGGAACCUUCCUUUGGUGGACGCGAGGUGCCACUGAAGAUGUGUCUAGCGAAACAGACAAGUGGGAGCCUUGGAAUCAAAAAGGUCGCAUCGUUGGUAGUCAGCGUGUCUUGCCAGCCCGCUGGCGGGAGGCGAAGCCAGACUCAGGCCUGCGAAAUGGAACCGAGGAUGAAACGGGCAGAUGCGAACCCGAAGGUGUCGACGCAAUGCAUGCCCUUGCUGGGGUUCGCAACUCUCGAGAGCCUUCCGCCACCACGGACAAAGAGGUGCCCUGAGACACAAAGGGCGCAGCUUCCCAACAUACAGCAGGAAGGUCGCUUCCACCGAACCCGUAAAACACAGACUCCAGCUAUCGUCAGUCAGCUUG